AUGAACGCCGGACGACGAUACGUCCAUACCUUUAUGGAAACCAUGCCCAAAUACUCGUACGCGCCUACGGUGCCCCCGCCUCGCCGCGUGUGGCUGCCGACGCGCCCCAAGCCGGUUUCGCAGCUGCGCACGCCGGAGCAGUCGGCCAAGAUCUCGGCGAUGGACUCGAUCCAAUCGAUCCUCCCGCGCUCCCAUAACCAGUCGCUGUCGUGGCACGCGCGAUCGGACCCCUACAACGAGGCGUGGUCGGCGCAGCAUCGCCGCGCCACCGUGUCCGCGACCGCUACCGCAGUCGCCGCUCUUGGCCUCUCGCUCGCGCUGAUUUUCGCGCGCAUCGACCCGCUUCAUACGGAAAACGCGCCGGGCGCUGCCCAGCUCCCGUCGCCUGCCAAUUGGCAUCGCCUUGCGCGACGAGGCGCCUUUAUGCAAGCGGACCAGAUCCAGUUUGUGAAGGACGCCGCGCAGAUUGGCCCCAUCUGA